AUGUUGUUUUCAGGACAACAUUUUUUAGCAUUUUUGAGCCAGGCUAGCUCACAUUUUGGAGCAGGCUCUAGAACUCCCUUUGACUUUAUUCAGGAAUCGCGGAUCGGCAAUCAAGUAGCCCCUGAUCUCAAAGAUCAUUUAGUAAACUUCUUAUCACAGAUCAAAAAUAAUGAGCAAUUACGAGAGCUGGCGGUUCCACUCAUCACAUCCAGUCUCCUUUUGGAUCAUUAUCCUCCAGAUAUGCAUUUUCAAGAAAAUUUUGACAUGGUAUAUGGUACAAGUAUUGGUAAUGGCUCCUCCCCUUGGAUAUCUACAAAGCUUAUUGUCUUAGGUGCAAUCGUUGCACUCAAGCUUUGUGUCAUGGGUUGGUCAAUUGAAAAGUGUAUCGAGAGAGCUGAGCAUUUUGCCAAAUUCGCUUUUCAACCACGAUUGAUGUCGCAUAUUCCCGCAUUCAUCCGAAGCAUUCCUGGGUUCUCGGCAUUUGUAUCCUUUUUAGUUUCCUACUUCGCUGAUGGAUGUUACUCAGCUGAUUAUCUCGAAGAGAUAUUACAAGAAGAAUUUGGCACAGAAAGAUCCAUUCUAGAUUGUUCAAAUGCAACAGCAACAGGCACCCGCAUUGGAAUUCCUGUAACCACAAUCCAAGAUACCUCCACUUGCAUAUUCACAAAUUAUAAUGCAAUUGGAACCAGGCCUUCAAAAUGUGGUGAGUCAUUAUUUGGGUUAAGACCACGAACGGGGGAGAGCAUUGAUUCAUUGUUAGGUUACCACGCACUUCGACCAAAAUGUGGCCUGGGGCAGGUGCCCCUUUGGAAAAUGUACUUUGAGCCAAAAUACAUACCCGGCAUAGGAACUUUUCAAGAUGGUGGAGUUCGACAGAAUGAUCCUGGAAAUAUUGCAUUGCAGGAAGUAGCGGCUGUUUUUCCAAAUUCCGCGGAGCCUAGCCUUGUCGUAUCAUUAGGUACUGGUGCAGCUCGAGUAAACGAUGUACCAGAGAUGGGCCCUAGCCGUGGGCUCCUCAAGGAUGGAUUCAUUCCACGUCUCAUACGUGCCUUCAAGCUUUCUUUUGGGAGCACCAUUGCCCACAAGCAUCGAAGCCUCCGCAGGCAAGGCUCUCGGGAGCAAUACUUUCGAUUCGAUAUUGAAUUUGAUCACCCUGAACCCGAGUUGGAUGAUACAACUAGGAUGCAAGAAGUGAAAGAACGAGCUCGGUCAGCGAUAUACGAAUCAAAGGAACUCGACCAUUUAGCUAGAUGUGUAGUUGCGGAGCUUUUUCUUUUCGAGUUAGAUAGUAUACCUAAGAAGGAGCGUGGAAGAUACUUUUGCCAAGGACGUAUCAUCUGUCGCCUUCGCGCACAUCAUACUGCUUUGCAAGUUCUCCUAGAACACUCAAGGAGGGAUUAUCACAGCCAUGUAGUAUCAGCGGGUCUCCGUUUUCAGUCGAUUCGCUGGUCACUGCGCAGCACCUUGAAUGCCAUUUCGGUACUAUGGACCAUGCUAAAAGGAAAAGGGUGGAUUCAGUAG